CCGCUUCGAGUGCGCAUGCGCAGUGCAGCGUCGAGUUUCUACCAUCAUGGCGGCCUCCACUCUUGGUGUGCAGCGUGUGCUUGGGAAAGGCAUAAUCCCUCCUUUGGUCGUGAUUUUAGGGGCAACCGGUACUGGAAAGUCCAAAUUAGCGCUCGAGAUCGGGAAACGACUUCAAGGGGAAAUAAUAAGCGCCGAUUCAAUGCAGGUUUAUGAGGGACUGGACAUCAUCACCAAUAAAGUGACGGCGGAGGAGCAGGCGGAGUGUCCGCAUCACAUGAUCAGCUUUGUGGAUCCUCUGGUGAGCAGCUUCACAGUGGUGGACUUCAGGAACAAAGCACUGUCUCUCAUUGAGGACAUACACCGGCGGAGAAAACUCCCAAUCGUUGUUGGCGGCACAAACUACUACAUUGAAUCCAUUUUAUGGAAAGUUCUUGUCGACACAGUGGAGCAUGGGAUUGAGAAAUUUCAGAGUGGGUCCUCUAUUCUAAAAGCUGAGCUGGAGAAGCUUGGAGGUCCUGAACUUCACAAACGCCUGCAGGAUGUGGACCCUGAAAUGGCAGCCAUGUUACACCCCAACGAUGCUCGUAAGAUUGCAAGGAGUCUUCAGGUUUACCAGGAGACGGGAGUUAAGCACAGUCAUCUGCUAAAGGAGCAGAAAGAGCAAGACGGGGCAGAUGGUCUUGGAGGUCCUCUGCGUUUCUUAAAUCCCUGCAUAUUUUGGCUCCACUCCAACAUGGAUGCUUUAGAUAAAAGGCUGGACAAACGUGUGGAUGAGAUGCUAUCUUUAGGGCUGAUUAAGGAACUGAAAGAUUUCCACCAGCGCUUUAACGAGAAGAAAAUCCAGGACAACAGCCAAGACUACCAGCAUGGCAUCUUCCAGUCUAUUGGGUUUAAGGAGUUCCAUGAUUACCUCACUGCCGGAGAAGACCUCAGCCAGGAGGACCAUGAGAAGCUGAAGGUUAAAGGUAUUGAGGCCCUGAAGCAGGCAACACGGCGUUACGCUCGAAAGCAGAACAAAUGGGUUCGCAAUCGCUUCCUCAAAAGGCCAGGUACCAGCGUUCCACCUGUUUAUGGCCUAGAUGUGACAAAUGUGUCCCUUUGGGAACAAACGGUCCUCACUCCUGCCCUAGACAUCCUGGACAGCUUGUGCAAGGGAGAAAGGCCAUCUGUUGAGCCAAUCAGAAUUGAGGGGGAGGGACUACGGAACAAACGGAGCCACCACAUGUGUGAACUGUGUGAUAAAGUCAUCAUCGGUGACCUGGAGUGGACAGCUCAUGUGAAGUCUAAAAAUCAUCAGCAUCACGUCCGGAAGAAGCGCAAAGCUGAGGGUGUUGGGUCUGACCUUCCUUCUACUGCAAAGUGGCAGAGACAGGCAGCUUCUACUCCUCACACACCAGGCUCUGAAUCAGACUCGAACCAGGAACACACAGGAGUAACACGUGGUGACGAAAAGCAGAUGUCUAAGGAGUCGUAAGCUGCGCAAUUAAGCAAAAGGAUUUUUGUUUUACAGCUUGUGCCUUAAAUUGAUGCCUUCAGGAGUGAGGAAGACCUUCAUGGAAUAAUAGUGGCUUUGACAUAUGCACAGAUGAUAAGUUCACUUUUUUUGCCUCUUUAUCUGGACUGAGCCAUUUCAGUCCUGUUGUUGGAGUAAGACGGUAUCCACAUUGCACUGGGUGAAAAUUCUCCAUGACAUUGUGGAAGUUCUCAUGAAGAUUGUUGUUGGAUGAAGAACAGUUUCUGAGAUUUUACACAGAAAACAAAAGUUCUAUGCUUUUUAGUCUUUUUCUGGUUUCACAAAGGCCAAAGUAGACUUUCUUUUACAAAUAUUCUUGCACAAAUGUUUGGCUCUGCUGUCGAGUUUAGUUUGAAUGUAUAAUCUAAAUCACUUAUACAUUGUGUAAUUAAAUUGCGGUACAAUUUUAA